CCGAAGUUAAAAAUUCGAAGAACUAGCGCUAUGGCCUCAGUGUUGCUGAAUGUAACAGAUAUAUGCUUCAGCACGAGAUCCACUGCGAUGUCUCAUUUAAAGUAGGAAAAGAAGAGAAGCUUGUUCGAGCUCAUAAGUACGUUCUUGCCAGCAGAAGUCCAGUAUUUGACGCAUUGUUGUACGGAGACCUAGCGGAAUCUAAUGAAAUAAAAAUUCCUGACAUUGAGCCAUCUGCAUUUAAUGUUCUUCUGAGAUUUUUGUAUUGUGGCGAUAUUGAUCUAAAUCAAGAUACAGUGAUUGGAGCAUUGUAUGCUGCUGAUAAAUACGAUGUGGAGGAAUUGAUGAAAGCCUCUAAAUCAUACUUAGACCAAAAUAUUACAUAUGAAACAGUCUGUACAAUUCUUGAAAAUGCAAAGUUAUUUAACUUUGAAAAUCUGACAGAAAAAUGUAUGAAUUUCAUUGUAGAAAACUGUAAUUCUGUCUUACAGUCACCGUCUGCCUUAGGUUUAAUGAAAGAAACCCUAUCUGAGAUAGUCUCGUCCAAGUAUCUUAAUAUGGAGGAGCUGGAAAUGUAUCACUUUUUGAUAAGUUGGGCUGAAAAUCAAUGCGAAAAGAAGGGCUUAACGAAGUCUGACGAAAAUAUCAGAAAUGAGAUAGGGGACACCCUUUAUCAAGUUCGUUUUCAGUCAAUGAAUUUAGAAACAUUUGUAAAAGAUGUAUGCAGGCGGGAAAUACUUACUCCUGAUGAGAUGAUUAAUUUGCAGCAAAUUAUUGUAGGUAAUUUGCACAAAGGAAACACAAAAUUCAAUCUUGGAGAGCGGAAGUAUAAAACGUUUACGUUUUUACGCUGCAGUGACCAAAGGGACGGUUGGGAUUAUAAGGGUACUGAGGACAGUAUAGAAUUUACCGUGAACAGAGAUGUUAAACUUCAUGGUUUUAUGAUGUGGGGAGGAAAGUCGGUUCCAUAUACGUACACGGUUGAAAGAAAAUUAUUUGAAAACUCGAACGAUGUCGCAGAUGUACCUUCCCAGCCUAUAGAGAUAACCAAUUCUUCAGAUAUUCAGUUCGUUGUUAAAUUAAGAAAACCUGUGCUUUUAUAUCCAAGUAAAAGAUAUAGAGUAUGGGUUAGGUUACAGGGACCAAGAAGCUGGACAGGUCAGACUUACAAACAGUCAGUUAAUGAACGAGGUGUUCAAUUGUAUUUUUAUACGCACGGUGGACAAAAUAAUGGGACUUCAGACACUGGCGGACAAUUUCCAGGAUUCAUCCUGUCAUUGUAAGCAGUCAUUAACGUUAAUAACAGUGGUUUUAAAACAGAACAAUUAUGUAAAUAUGAAUGUGAGUCCUGGAUUUUAUUUUUUGCUGCCUCUGCUCGUCUGGUUCCUUCUUAUCGUUAAAUACCUCCAAUACGAGUCCUUAAUAUGGUCUGACUUUUUUGAGCUAGACCCUCUGAUCUCAGCUUUGAACAAAUUUCAAAUAUUCAUAUAUACAAUCACACAAAUGAUUGUUGACAAGAAAGACUGGAUUAAGUGAAGGGGGAUUCUUCAACACCCUCUGCAUAAAGCUCAACUUACACCAUGAAAUAUAUUCUGAUUCUGUUUUAUAGAUUUGUCUGCAAGAGAUUUAAAAAAUACGAUUACAAUAUUGCAUAAUAAUAUGCAAACAUUUUCGAUGCUAAUUUGUCGUUUAUCUCACCUAAAACUUUAUAAUUUUAAAGUGAUGGGAACAGUCUACAUCUAUUACUGUGGCAAUCUUUCAAAGUCUCAACUGGGAGCUCUGCAAAAUUUGCUUUCUUUAGCGACGUAGUAAUUCGACAAACAGCAUUAUACUUUAUGAAACAGAAAUACGAAAAUCAAGUGUCACUGGGAGUAAUUUUAGAUGAAAAAUUUGGCUUUCAGCAAAGAUUAAAAACUGCUCUUUAAUUUUUUUUUUUUACAAAUCUAUAUCUUUUUUCUGUGAUAAUUAUAGAGCCAUGUACAGCUCUGAUUUUGCAGAGUCCUGCUAUGUCAUGCUGUAUUUCUUUGUCACCGGUAACAUUUAUAAAUUCAUAUUAAUUUGAUUUGAUUUACAGUGGUAACAUUUAUUUCAUAAAUAUUGAUAUCAAUAUUUUAAA